UAAUAACAAUUAGUCAGUUAAAGAUUUACCUGGAUCGUUAAUUGUUUAAUUGUGCAAAAAAAAAUCAACAAAAUUGAAUUUGAUUGUAAACAUUUAACAAAAACAACUGAAUAAUAUGUUGACUGAUCAACCAAAUUUAAUUGUUACUCUUUUCGUAUCUAUUAUAUUUAUUAUCAGAAUCAAAUUAAGUUAUUGUUAUAAAUUAACUUCAAUUGAUUUACCUUCAUCUCCAUCAUCAACAACAACCGGAUUAUUGGGAGUGUUAACAUCACAAUCAACUGAUUUAUGGAUUAACGGAAUUGUACCUUAUCGAUUUAGUCCCAAAUUUGACGAUUGGGGACAAUUAGAAGUUCGUUCAGCUAUGGACAUGAUUGAAAGUGUUUCGUGUGUUAAAUUUAUCGAAGCUCAACAAUCAGCCAUUGAUUAUGUUCUCAUCUCUCCGGGUCGAGGUUGUUCAUCGGAGAUCGGUAAGGUUGGUGGUCGACAAGAUCUCUACCUGGACAUACCUUAUUGUGUAGAUCGAGGAACAAUUUUACAUGAACUUCUCCAUACUCUCGGAUUAAUGCAUGAACAUGCUCGCCCUGAUCGUGACAAUUACAUUAAUAUUAAUUGGUCCAACAUCGAUGAGAAACAUCGUCGAAACUUUAAAUUGUUACCUAAAUUGUUGGGUGACCUUUAUUCCGAUGAACCAUAUGAUUACAAAUCAAUCAUGCAUUAUUCAAGUUCCAUGUGGUCAGUUGAUCCUAAACUACCAACGAUCACACCGAAAGGUUCAGAAGUCGCGAUCAAUGAGUUGGGUUAUCACCUCGAAAAUAAAUCAUUGUCACCUGAUGAUAUUAAUAAGAUUUGCAAGCUUUACCAAUGCAAUCGGGUCAAUAAUCAAUCUAAUUACUUGAGAGCUUAAUCCAUAACAAUUAAGCUAUUAAUUAGACAACGAGGUCCAAACAAACUUGGUAAAUCUCACACAGAAUUACAAUCUGAACCAUCAACGGCACUUAAUUAACUUAAACCCUAAUUUAUUGAAACGAUUUAUUAUUCAAUUCAUUUCCAUUUGAUUGGCAUUUUUAUAACUGAACCUUUUUAUAUUUGAUAACCUCCAACAUUAUUUUUGUAAAUCAGUAUUAAACGUAACCGUAUUUAUAUCAUAA